UAAUCUACCAAAAAAAAAAAGUCCCAAAUGACCUGAUUUCACCCCACGUUCAGUGCAGUAGAAGUAUGUGACAUUACAUGAGGAAGUGUGCUAUACUGUUCCACAGUAAUAAGUCAUGUGUGACUGAGCGCAGUAACGUGGUGCAGCUGGAUGUAGUAUAGAGAGUCUCUGCGGUCCUCCUGAGCUCUGAGUGGUGCUGUCUCGCCUCUGUCGCCCUGUAAAAACUGCCUUCCAUUGCAUUUCUCCACCAGCGGACUGACCAGGCCCCUCGCAGCCGCAACACUGUGGCCCCGAGCCGGGCUGAUUCCCACCUCAGACCCGGCAGGUGUGACUGCGGCGGUACACCGGAGAGCGGCGGGGAACCAACCCCGCUCUGGAUGCUGGAUUUACGGACUGCUCCGCGGGAAAAUCCCGGGAUGUGAUGAAACCAGAAACAAAGUGCGACACACACACAAGCCCAUGCACAUCACAAACGGGCCUGUGUUGCAUUGCAACUUUGCGUUUCCCCCCUCCUCUCUGCAGGGGCUAAAAGGCAGAUAAUCAGAGGUGAGGCUGGUGUAAUUAUUGUCUGGGGGGAGGGUGACGCGCACUUCACAGCAGACCCUGCGCUGUCAGACGAGGAAGUGAGGCUUCACACACGCCCAUUUCAGCCUGUCGACCCUGCUGAAAAAACCCAGACCCGUUCAUCAGAUAACACUGCCUCAGACUUUCCAAACAUGCGCUCACUUUCGGAUGGAGGACACCGGGAAUAAGCUGCAGGACGAUUUCAGGAGUGUGCUAAAGCGUUGAAGGAUGGACAGGGAGCUGGUUCGGCAGAGCCAAUCAGAACUCGGAGAGGCCACCAAUGGCACCACCAGCCCUCAGGCUUCCACCGCCGGCCCGGACCUCUCCUCCACACCUGUGACCCCCACCCCUCCUCGGCUCACUCCCAACCCGAUGCUCCUGGACUCCCCGGCGCCGACGCUAACGCCCACCACCUCCUCCCCUCCCCCUCCUCUCACCCCGGCUCCCUCCGUCACAGCGACCCACGGCCCGAAGGUGGCGGCCGCCGUCGCCGGCUCUCCCUCUCCCCACAUACUCGUCCCGACUCCCCCUAAACUCACCUCCACAGGAAGCCCCGCCCUCCGCACGUACUCUCGCCCGAUCCUUCCCUCCGCGACGGGCGUCUCCAAAACGUCACCUACAACACAGACCUCCUCUUCCUCCUCCUCCUCCUCCUCCUCCUCUAUUGUAGCCACCACCUCCUCGCCCCUCCUCUCUUCUUCUUCUACUUCUUCCUCUGCAACGCACAGCAACGCCACCUUGUCAACCAAGACCUCCACCACCCUAACCAAUGGGAACACAAGGCCUGUAUCCACGCCGACCUCCACACCAAUCACGCCCUUUCAUACUCCAGCCAGUCCGCCUGGCAGACAGGUAUCACAGGCUCAUCCUGUUGGCACACCUGGUCUUGUGCGAGCCAAUCAGAGCCCCACCCCUGUCAGGCAGAGGGUAUCCCAGCAGACAUUGCUCCUAGGGAAAGGUCUCAAAGGGUCGGGCCAAGACCAGGUGCUGCUUAGAGCUCAGAUGCUGAUUCUUACGUCCGCUAUGCGACCUGCCCCGUCCUCCUCUUCCUCCUCUUCCUCCUCCUCCUCCUCCUCCUACUCUUCCCCUUCCUCUAACCCCGCCUCCGCUCAGCUCCAGAGUCUCACCUUGAGGCCUCCUCCCCCCGGGGCUUUCACCAUCCCCCCUUCCCUCCGCCUCAAGCCCCCCUCCUCAGCCCCGCCUCCCCUCUCUCGCCCUCACGCUCCCCUCUUCCCCCCUCUCAGGCCGCGACCGCAGCCCAGCAGCACCACGGCAACGGAGAGCCCGACGACGCCCAGCCGCCACCUCUCUGUCCCGCCUCCAACUCUCUAUUCCCCAGUUCGUGCCGUCCCUCUGAGACCCAGACUUCACUCUCCAAGAGCGGCGUCCCCGAGGCAGUCGUCGACCCUCCAGCCGAUCGCCGCCGCUCCCGCCGCUCAGGCGUCUCCCAUCAGCAGGCCGCUGGCGGGACCUAAGAGCUGUCCGUUAUCCCAAACCAUGCUCGGGCCCAGCCAAUCCCAGCACAGCUCGCUACCCGUGUCCAACCCCAUGUCGGCUACUUCCCAUUUCGAGCCGUCGCCGUCCGCAGCGAGGCAGCUGCAAAUCAUCGCCCUCUCUUCGGGCCGCCAGCCGCAACCUGGCACCUACGGCCACGCUACGGUGCAGUCGGCCGUAGCGUCACCGGAGCUGUCCAGCCAAUCAAAGAGGACUUUGAGCAGUGAAGACGUGAUCCCCCUUCCUCUAAACCCCUCGUUGCCAAAAACAAACUCUCCCCUGCCCUCGCCGCCGUCUCUCCUGAGUCCAGCCUCCCCGCCGAGUCAGGCCGGGCCUCAAACUCAAACUCAAACUCUGGUCCAAAAACGAGGCGAGGAUAAGGAGAGCGAAGAGCAGCGAGAGAGGGGACGAGGAGUAAGACAAGGAAUCGGGGAUGAGGGACGUGUCGGACAAGACCUGCGGGUGGAGAAAGAUGACCAAAGAGAGAAAGGAAAGGAGGAGCGGCAGCGGCUGGCGGCUGAGAAGGACGGAAGCCUCGUCAGUCCAAAAGAGAAGGAAGUCGAACUAAGCAGAGAAGAAGAAAAGAUGGAGGUGACAGAGGAAGGCCAGAGUGAGAGAGAGAGGGGAGAGGAGAAGAGUGAAAGAGAAAGGGGCGAGGAGAAGAAGAUGGAGGAGGAAGAGGAAGGAGAGACAGCAAUGGACCAGUCUGAGAACACGACCAGUCCGGUUCUCAACCAGUUCCAGAACGUAGAUCCUAACCCGACGCCCGACGCAGUCAAAGACUCCAACACAGAACCAAAACCCAUCCUGGGUCUCGUUUCAGCUCCAGUUCCUGUCCAAAAUCCAGCUCCUGUCCCAGUCCCAGUCUCAGCACCAGCUCCACUCCCAGUCCCAGUCCCAGUCCCAGUCCCAGUCCCAGUCCCAGUCCCAGUCCCAGUCCCAGUCCCUGAGGUAUCUGUCCAGAGUCAGCGGCUGCCAGAGCUUCCUCGAGACCUGCAGCCGGCGAGCCAGGAGGACUUCUGUGAGAACAUGUCGACUCAGUCUGACAACCAGUCAGCGCUGUCCAGCCUCUCCUCUCAGUCUCCGCCCUCCUCGCCCUUCAUCGUCCCCUCGGCAGACAACCCCCCGCCCCUCCUCCCCGCUCAGCCCGCCCACCCGGCCGACCUAAGCCUAUCGCAGCCCGAGCCCGAGAACGCGGACAAGACGGGCGGCGAGUCGCAGCACCCGGCCGCGGAGACGGAGACGGAGGCGGAGCUCCUCGGCCAAUCGGAAGACGAGUCGGAGAGCUUCAGCCAACCGCUGAGCGGACCCUGGGAGCCGAAGGCGUGGCCGGAGGGACGACAGGUUCUGACUCACCUGGUGGAGGGAUUCGUCAUCCAGGAGGGGCUCCAACCGUUUCCUGUGAACCGCUCGUCCCUGCUGGUUCCAGAGCAGGUGACCAAACCGCAGGAAGUGAACGGGACCAACGGGAAAGCAGCGCUGCCUGUGACACAAUGUGAAACAAACAAACAAGCUGAACCCUCCACCGACUCAGAGGAGGAGGGAGGAGACACAGACGACCCCGGGACCAAGUCGGGCCAGAGGGACAGAGCGGUGUUGCACUGCCAGUUCUGCGGGAAGAGAGGCCACGCACACAACUUCAUGCGGUCCAAACGCUUCUGCUCCACUUCCUGUGCACGAGGGUUUAACGUUCGUCUGACGAAGCGUCUGCGGGCUCUGAGUGCGGGCAGCCGGACAGAGAGGCCCCGCCCAGCCCUGAACAGGGCGGAGUCAGUUCCUGGGAAACCUCUGUUACUGCGGCUGCCUCGUGAUCUCUGGAGCGCCGGUCGCCGUGAGAAGAAGGGGAAGGAGAAGGUAGCGGCAGCAGAGGAAGAGGAGGAGGAGGAGGAGGACAUGGAGGGAGGAGGGGAGGAGGAGGAGGAAGACGACGACGGAGGAGAGGAGGAUCCUGCGGUCGCCAUGACGGCCAGGAUGGAUCGACGGGCGGCGCGGAGAGCGAGGAGGGCGUCUGCGCCCGCCGUCACCACCUCCACGCCCACGACCACGUUCAAGCCCGCCCCCUCGCAGUGGAGCGUGGAGGAAGUAACCGCCUUCAUACACACACUGCCAGGCUGCAGCGACGUGGCCGAGGCUUUCCGGCUGCAGGAGAUCGACGGUCAGGCUCUGCUGCUGCUGACCGAGGACCAUCUGAUGACCAGCAUGAACAUCAAACUGGGACCGGCUCUCAAGAUCUGCGCUCACAUCAACGCGCUGAAAAACCAAUGAGAGGAAAAAAAGACA